AUGAAGGCCAAAGAUCAGGCAUUGACUGUUCGUGGCUUGCACAUUGGUUUGCAGCAACCAAUCUGCCUCGACUUUGCUAUCGCAUGGUGGUGUUUGGCUUCGUUUCCAGCUUCGUGUUCUGCGGCAACAAUUCAAGCUGGUGACGGGCGACAGGGGAGGACGGGAAGUUCGGGAAGCAGCCGCUCGCGCAACAAGGAGGUCUACGAUGUCCUCCAUCCUGGCUUGUUCAAGCCAAAGUUCAAAUGGCGGAAUGUGAAGCAGAACCAUCCCGUGCAGACGUACACCGAGCUUCCCACGGGGCCAAGUGUGACAAUACCUCAGAUCCAGCACGAUUUUGCGCCUGAAAAACUUCAGCAUGCGGUGGAACGGCGAAAACGGUUGAGAGCAGUCGAAGAUGCCUUUCAUCAUUCAUGGCAGGGCUACAAGCGUAAUGCCUGGCUAUCUGAUGAAGUUUCGCCCUUGACAGGUCAUGCCCGUAACCCUUUCGGAGGCUGGGGCGCGACUUUGGUGGACACCUUGGACACACUCUGGAUCAUGGGCAUGGAGAAGGAGUUUGCGACUGCUGUGUCGGCCAUCAAGCAUCUUGACUUCGCUGUUACCGACCAGUACGAGGUCAAUGUGUUCGAGACCACCAUUCGCUACCUGGGUGGCCUGAUGAGUGCCUACGAUAUCAGUGGCCACAAUUACAAAAUACUAUUACAAAAAGCUGUUGAGCUGGGAGACAUGCUGUACCUGGCCUUUGAUACGCCAAAUCGUAUGCCUGUGACUAGGUGGGCAUGGCAACAGACUGUGCUGGGCAAUGAUCAAGAGGCGAAGAAGUUCUCUUUACUGGCCGAGGUGGGAUCUCUCACUCUCGAGUUCACACGCCUGUCGCAGCUUACUGGAAAUCCGAAAUGGUACGAUGCAGUCGCUAGGAUUACAAAUCUGCUCGAAGCGUCCCAGAACGAAACCAAAAUACCUGGCCUGUGGCCGACGUUCGUCGAUGCCAAGGGUGCCAACUUCAAGCGUGAUAGCACCUUCACGCUUGGUGGAAUGGCCGAUAGUCUCUAUGAGUAUUUACCCAAACAGCAUUUAAUGUUGGCCGGCCAGACGGAGCAAUAUCGAAACAUGUACUCGACUGCUUUGGCGGCUGCCAAGCAAAAGAUCUUUUUCCGCCCACAGAAUCCAGACGGGCUUAAGAUGCUUCUGCCGGGAACUGUGAAAAGAUACUCGUCUAAAAAUAUCAAGCUGCUGCCUCAAGCAGAACAUCUCGCUUGUUUCGCUGGAGGUAUGGUGGGCUUGGCAGCGAAGAUCUUCCAGCGAGACGAGGAGAUGACGACGGCUCGCGAACUUGUGGACGGCUGCAUUUGGGCCUACGAAAGUAUGCCCUCGGGCAUUAUGCCAGAAGUUUUCACAGCACUUCCAUGCGAGCAAUCAUCAGCUGAGAACUGCACGUGGAAUGAGACUGAAUGGCAUCGUGCUGUUGUUGAGAAGGCUAAUCGGGGCUACGUGCCCGAGGAGUUCACAGAACAGGCACAGACAGUAAUCCAACAGAACAACCUCGCGCCUGGAUUCAGCGAGAUUACAGAUAGCCGCUAUCUUUUGCGACCGGAAGCGAUCGAGUCCGUCUUCGUGCUCUACCGCAUCACUGGAGACGAUACGCUUCAAGACAAAGCUUGGGAAAUGUUCCAAGCGAUCACAAAGCAUACCAAAACUGAAAUUGCCUUUGCGGCACUCAAGGACGUAACAAAGCAGAAGUCGGAGCUCGUCGAUAAUAUGGAGAGCUUUUGGACUGCAGAGACCUUGAAAUACUUCUAUCUGAUCUUCAGUGAACCUGACAUGAUCAGUCUAGAUGACUAUGUGUUUAACACUGAGGCACACCCGCUUCUGCGCCCUAAGUGA